AUGGCAAAUAACUAUUACCCACAGAGCAACGGCUUGCCGAACGGAGCCCAGUAUUGGUCCCCGGAGAAUCAAGCUGUUUAUCAGCACCUCCAACAACAACAACAACAACAGCAGUCAAGUGGUUCGCAAGGCCAGCAAGGACUACCUAGAAACGCCCCCCAACAACAACAGCAUACUCAACUCCAGUUUAGCAUCGGCCUUCCAGAGCAGCAACAACAACAACAACAACAACAACAGCAACCACCACAACAACAAUCCAUUCCUCAAGGCCCGUCAGCCCCGGCUCAAGGCCAUGUGCAAGACCAACAAACCCAGCCGACGACAACCGAGGCAACCGAGGCAACGGAAACCGCGAGAAGAGGGCGGGGCCGGCCCAAGGGCACAAGCACGCGCCAAACCGCUGGUGUACGCAAGCCUCGAGCCAAGAAAACAACUACAACCGCCUCAGCCUCAACCACAGGCGCACCUGGACCUGCAUCCACAGCCCUGCUUGCGGCAGUGUCGGCCGCAUCGGAAGCUAGAGCAACAGGCCCUGCGCCUCCGUUAUUACCGGCAAAUCCCACAAAUCCCCGCCCUGCGGCACGACGGACCGCAGCCGUCGUGACGCCAACUCCGCGCGAUGAGGACCUCGGUCCUCGCCCACCCAAUCUAGACGAUCCCGUGUACCAGGAGCUCCUGAAGAUGCAAGAUAGAUUCUACAUUGAUCAUGAGCGCUGCCUCGAAGCUUUGCUCGAUGUUGCCCUGAAGCUAGGGUUCGGCGUAGUCAUCAAACGUUCCAAGCGGGAAGAUAGCAAGGAGGGGGAGCCCCUCGGCCGCGUCUAUAGAUAUGACAUGGAGUGCACCGCAGGCAAGGUGCGAGCCAAGGCCCUGGGCGUUCGCACUGUGGCGAGGAAGGACUGCCCGUGGACGGCGCAGAUAAUCAGCGAAAAGAAAAACGGUAACCUAUGGCAGUUCAAGCUCGUAGAACCCAUGCAUAAUCAUGCACCAUUUCCCGACGCUGCCGCCAUCCCCGUCCACCGCAGACAGACACUCAAGAAGGUUGAGCAUGCCGUCAGACUACUGGGCCAGCAGGAGGGCACCACAGUCAAGGACAUUCUUGAUUUUGUCAAGACGCAGUAUCCGGAUAGGCCACUAAAACCUGAGGAUAUCAAAAACUUUUUUGCAAAGGAAAAAAAGAAGGCAGAGGGUGGCACAGUUGAUCCCAACGCCGAGUAUGCGGACGAGAGCGGCGUGAUCGCGGAAACUGAGACCGGGAAUGGCGAUAAUUAG